AUGGCGAUUUGGUAUCGCGGACUUUGCUUUCUACCCACCGAUGAUGAGCUCUUUUUCGAUUACUUGAUGCGGAGGCUGAAUCGAGAACCGUUGCCUGAUCCAGACGUCGUCCGCGAUUGCGACGUGUACGGCGGCGGUGAUCCCUGGAAGAUCUUUGGCAAGGACCGAGACGAGAAGUUCUACGUUUUCACCACGUUGAAGAAGAAGAACAAAUCGAGAGUGGACAGGACUGCUGGCUCGGGUACUUGGAAGGGCGAACAGAGUUACAAGAUCAGGGGUUCGCAAGGUGAGGUAGUCGGCUACAAGAAACUCUUUACCUUUGAACCGAAAGCUAGCUCGAGCGGGGAAGCCGACAAGGCCGAGAAUGGGCACUGGAUCAUGUACGAGUACUCGAAGCAUCCGCACAAUGAAACGGAGUGCGUCUUAUGCGUAAUCAGCAACAAAUACGUGUGCCGGAAUCCGCACGGCCGAGUGCAAUUUGAGGAAGAGAAUCGACAAGCAAAGAAGGCACGGUCUCUCCGCGAUGAUCACACCGCCGUCGACGUUCCUUCCGCCCGAUCGCCACCCUCAACUACCACCACCGCUCGAGCUCAACCAUCCACUUCCCCGGCUUUCGACAAAGACGAAGUUGUCAUUCCACAGAAUGGCAUCUGCUACGCCACUGAAUCCCCGGCUUUUCACAGCGACAGAAAUGCCAAUUCGCUUCCUCCAACGGCAGCGAACAUACGAGAAGAUACCCGGCUCACUGCUUCCUCGGCUUUUGGUGGCGCAAACGCUGGUCCGCUUUCUCCGAUGGCAGCACCCAUGGUGGACCCUGAAUGGGCGGCUCGGUUGAAGAAUAUGGAAAUAAGUCCGUUGGUCAAGUAUCUCUUGUGUACGGUCGUCAAGCAACGCGCUGGCGCUCUUCAUGCAAGGAACAACGUCUUAGAGUCGCACCCGGAAGAAAUUGCACCCAAUUGGCCUUAUUAG